CGGCAGGCGCGGGGCGUGAGUCCCCGGGGAGACCCGCCAGGCUCCAACUCCGCAGCGCCGGAGCUCGGCGGGCAGCAACUUUCUCCCUGGAGUGGCCGCAGCGGCGGCGGCUGCUGCCGUGGCAGCGGGAGCCGGAGUCGGGAGGGGCAAGGCGGCGGUGGCGGCUGCUCCGCUCCUGCCGGCUCGUGCUGUUCCGCCCGCCGAGGGCGCCGGCCCGCGGAGCCCGUGUCCCCCGGGAAGCCCCGGGCCCCUGCCCUAUGUCCCGCAAGGCGAGCGAGAAUGUGGAGUACACGCUGCGGAGCCUGAGCAGCCUCAUGGGCGAGCGGCGCAGGAAGCAGCAGGAGCCGGACGCGGCGAGCACGGCGGGGGAGCGCAGCCUCUUGGCGGCCGCCGAGUCGAGCGCUAGCCUGCAGGGCGGCGCGGGCGGCGGCGUCGGGGACCUGGAGCGCGCGGCGCGGCGCCAGUUCCAGCAAGACGAGACCCCCGCCUUCGUGUACGUGGUGGCCGUCUUCUCCGCGCUGGGCGGCUUCCUGUUCGGCUAUGACACCGGGGUGGUGUCGGGGGCCAUGCUGCUGCUCAAGCGGGAGCUCAGUCUGGACGCGCUGUGGCAGGAGCUGCUCGUGUCCAGCACCGUGGGGGCGGCCGCCGUCUCUGCGCUGGCCGGCGGGGCCCUCAACGGAGCCUUCGGCCGCCGCGCCGCCAUCCUCCUGGCCAGUACCCUCUUCACCGCCGGUUCGGCGGUGCUAGCCGCUGCGAACAACAAGGAGAUGCUGCUGGCCGGCCGCCUGGUUGUGGGGCUCGGCAUCGGCAUUGCUUCUAUGACAGUGCCAGUGUACAUCGCGGAGGUCUCACCACCCAAUUUAAGAGGCAGAUUAGUCACCAUUAAUACCCUCUUCAUCACAGGAGGGCAGUUCUUUGCAAGUGUUGUUGAUGGAGCCUUCAGUUAUCUCCAAAAAGAUGGAUGGAGGUACAUGUUGGGACUUGCAGCAAUUCCAGCAGUUAUUCAGUUUUUUGGCUUCCUUUUUUUACCUGAAAGUCCUCGAUGGCUUAUUCAGAAAGGACAGACGCAGAAGGCCCGUAGAAUUUUAUCUCAGAUGCGUGGUAACCAGACCAUUGAUGAGGAAUAUGAUAGCAUCAGAAACAACAUUGAAGAAGAGGAAAAAGAGGUUGGCUCAGCUGGACCUGUGAUCUGCAGAAUGCUGAGCUAUCCCCCAACUCGCCGAGCUUUAAUUGUGGGUUGUGGUCUGCAAAUGUUCCAACAACUCUCAGGCAUUAACACCAUCAUGUACUACAGUGCAACCAUCCUGCAGAUGUCUGGUGUUGAAGAUGAUAGACUUGCGAUAUGGCUGGCAUCAGUUACAGCCUUCACAAAUUUCAUGUUCACACUCGUGGGAGUCUGGCUUGUUGAAAAAGUGGGUCGCAGAAAGCUUACUCUUGGUAGUUUAGCAGGUACCACAGUAGCACUCAUUGUUCUUGCUUUGGGAUUUCUGCUAUCGGCCCAGGUUUCCCCUCGCAUCACUUUUAAGCCAGCACCUCCUUCAGGUCAGAAUGCUACUUGCACAAGAUACAGUUACUGUAAUGAAUGUAUGCUGGAUCCAGACUGUGGUUUCUGCUACAAGAUGAACAGAUCAACCGUUUUUGACUCCUCCUGUGUUCCAGUUAAUAAAGUAUCUACAAAUGAGGCAGCCUGGGGCAGGUGUGCAAAUGAAACCAAAUUCAAAACAGAAGAAGUAUUUUGGGCUUACAAUUUCUGCCCUACUCCAUACUACUGGACUGCACUUCUGGGCCUUAUUUUAUAUCUUGUUUUCUUCGCACCUGGAAUGGGGCCUAUGCCUUGGACUGUGAAUUCUGAAAUAUAUCCACUUUGGGCAAGAAGUACAGGAAAUGCCUGUUCUUCUGGAAUAAAUUGGAUGUUCAAUGUCCUGGUAUCACUGACAUUUUUACAUACAGCAGAGUAUCUUACAUACUAUGGAGCCUUCUUCCUUUAUGCUGGAUUUGCUGCUAUAGGACUUCUUUUCAUCUAUGGCUGUCUUCCUGAGACUAAAGGAAAAAAAUUAGAGGAAAUUGAAUCACUCUUUGACAACAGGCUAUGUACAUGUGGCACUUCAGAUUCUGAUGAAGGGAGAUAUAUUGAAUAUAUUCGAGUAAAGGGAAGUAACUAUCAUCUUUCUGACAACGACGCUUCUGAUGUGGAAUAGUGUUCAGCUGCUGAUAUAUUUAAUUAUUUAAACACAUAUGGGAGAGAAGAGCAGAAAUUGGUGACUUCACUGCCCUGCUUCUAAUCUAGUUCUUUCCACAGUCUAGUUUUGAACAACUUCAUAUUAUAAAAUAUUUGAAUAGGAGGAGGAUAAAAUCGUGAUUUUUUUUGUCAUAAGCAGAAAUGUAAAAAAAAAUUUACAGAGAUUUUAAUCUAGUCUAAUAAUUCUUGAGGAAAUGUAUAAUUCCUUCCUGAGAUAUAGUCUGAAAUGAAUAGUUACCCAAUGACUUCAGCGGCAUCCUUUUUUCCUAAGACUGUUAAGUAUUAGUGGUAAUCGAGUUAGUGCUAAACUAGCUGAAUUAUAUAUGUAUAAUAUACUUACAAAGAAGGAUUCUGGGAUUUUGUCCAAGGGUAUUUUGUCAAAACAAGGCUUACUGACCCUAAAUUUUCCUAAGGAGGAAUGGCUUAUCUGUGAACAACUACUAGAAAGCAAAUUCCAUUUAAGGUUUCAUCGACGCGUUCAAAGUACUUCCUACAAGAAACAUAGCAGUCCUUAGCUCCUUUGGAUUCCACAUUUUGCUUUCUCUCUCCAAUUCAGAACUUGAGAGUUAUUUAAAGACUGAUUCUGUACAGGAUCUUUGGAACAUCAUAAAAAGCAGGUCUCUUAGGGGUUUUCAUGUGCAUUAGUAUACUUACACAUAGAUAAGCUAGUAAGUUUUGAUAAGUAUAUUUUAUUGCCAGAAAAUAGAAAGUAAAGGUUUUUAAGACCUUGAUUGAGUUAGUUACUUAGGUACACAAUUAUAAACACAAAAUAGCACCAGAUCUUCAAUUGUAUUUCAGGGUCAGUUUUUGUUCAUUCCAAAAUCACCUGGUAAAUCAAUGCCUUUGCUCAUUGACUCUAAGUCCUACUAUAUUUGUGCCUUCAUUUAUGUUAUAAAUAGCUGCUAGCAGACUAUUUUUCUCUUUCUUUUAAUCAAAAAUUAAUUUGUGAAACAAAAGAGAAAGGAAGGAAGAAAAUUGGUGGCAAAAAUCAUCCUGAUUUUAUUGAUAUGUUUUUCAUUAAAACAGUGCAACUUACUUUUUCUUAAUUUUUUUUUAACUAACUUUUCGUAAGGAACUGUCACAUUUUCUUAAGUCUUUUUGUUUUUCCUCUAAGAGCAUAAACUAGUUUUUAUUUUGCACAUCCCUCCUCACUUUCACUGACAAUUUACAAAAAGAGAUACACAGAUUAAUUUGUCUAUGUGUAUUUGGUUCCCCUAACCACCAUCCCCGCCCCAACUUAGCUAGGAUUUUUUUUCUUCUUGUCUAAAAACUUGGGAUCUUCUAUUGGAACAAACUACUGCUUCUAAUAUAGCACAUAUCUUUAAGAAAUACUAACUUACUACAUUAUCUUCUCAAAGUAUUUGCUGAGUUUUAUGCUCAUCUAUCACCUAAAUCUAAUUUUUCUCUUACAUUAAGACCUAUAAAGUACAUACAAAAUUACUUGUUAGCUGCAGGGAUAAUAUGAAGGAAUCUUCUGUGGCCAGUUAUGAAUGCAUAAGUUUGAUGCAUUUUAUUAUGACCCUAAACAUCUAAUAAGGUACCAUUUGGAGUAAAAGUAUGGCUUUCUAAAUUCAGUUUGUUCUCCAAGCUGAUUUAUGCUUCUUUUAAAAUCUUAUUGCAGUUAUCAAAGAUGAUGAUUUAGUCUAGGAGGUUUGCUUUCUAAGCCACCAGUGAUAGGAUAUGUGCUUAAAUGAUCAUUCUUCUGGACUAAAAAUCCUUCAGCCAAAAAGAAAAAAGAAAAAAAAAAAGAAGACCAUUACAUGGUUAUUUCGUAUUAUACAAAAAUAUAUUUUAGAAAUUUAUUUUUCCUUGAAU